UCAGUGCAAGUUUGUUCGAUAUCCAAACGUGGGCCAUUAUAACCGAACAAUUUGCAAUCCCCACAUUCCUGGGAACUCCUCUCCCUGCCAGGCGGCAAUUAGAGCGAAGACCUGUGUCAAUAUUUACAUUCGAACAGCUGCCAAGGUGGGUUGAAGGUGCACCACUCAAACUCAGCUCGCUGCACCGUGAAAAAGUUUCCCGAAAAACUUUCCAUAAGUUUCGAAUACAUCCGAGCAGCAAUCGCAUCGAAAUGGGUGCCACGGCCUCGUGCAAGAAAACCUCCGGCAGUGGCUAUCCGGAGCACGAUGAUCCCAUCUACCGCAAGUGCCAGGAGCUCAAGAUCGAGCGCUGGAUCCAGAUGCACUACCAGAUCAAGCAGCGGGAACAGGCCUUGGCCAUCGCCCAGCACCGGGAGCUCUUCUACUGGCUGAGUGGCUUCUACCUGAGCGCGGUGUACGGCUGCGCCAGCUACUACCAGCGGGUGAAGAGGGUCUCCGCCCUGGCUCCGCUCGUGCCGCUCACCUUCGUCGUGGGCUACUACACCGACUGGGCCUACGGCAGCAAGCUGCACCGCAUCCAAGCGGAGGCCAACAUGAUAAUGGAGCACGAGCAGGAGCUGCUCCACUGGCCAGGUGGACUGCCCACGGUCGCUGGAAUCGACGAGGCUCGCGUGGAGACCGAGAUGGAGAAGAAAAUGCAUCCGCACCACAUGUAGAAUCAGAAGAAAGGCUGCCCCUUUCCCCAUUAGUCUGUAGGCGGGAUUGGGUUCUCGUGCUCAGGUCCCCAGUGAAGAACACACCGCAAUCAAUAGGAUUCGGCCACAAAAAGAUGAAGCCGCAACAACAAUCAGCAAAGCAAAUUCACACACAGUUUCAGGCGUUUAAAAAAGCCCUUAGCUAGAUUGUACAAUGCUGAACUGUAGGGACCAUUCAACACCAAUUCACAACACUCACCUGCAUCACAAUGAACCAUUUAUAGCGUUUAACAACACAUCUCCACCAAUCAAGAGCAAGCAAUACUAUUUCUAUAAAU